AGAUCCCCGGCAACAAUUUAGUCAAAAUACAGCAGGAGCUCAGUUAAAUUUAUAUAACUGGGCUUCUAGUAAUCAGGGGUCCUCGGUGGAUGUUAUGAUAUUUUCGAAAUUAUUUAAAAGUAAACAUAGAAAACUAAAUUGAAUCGUUUGAAUUGAGUUUAGAAAAGUUUUCAGCAUGUAUUUACAACUUAUAUCGCUAAUGACCCUUUUAAUGUCCGAUCCUAAACAGGAUUUAACUUCAAAGAAUGGGGAAAUUCUACCCAAGGUUAAAAGCGUUACGGCCCAAGAUUGUGUGGAUUCUCGUUUGCGAGCUGGGAAGUGUAUAACUUUAGCUAAAUGUCCCGAUAUGAUAGAGGAAUUUUACGAUGAGGCUCGUGUGACUUCGUAUGGCAUAGAUUUUCAAACCUUUGUUAGUAACUCAAUAUGUGGUUUUGAUGGUGUGAAUUUUUUGAUCUGCUGUGGAACACGCCCUUUUUAUCCCAUAAAUAUGACUAAACCGCCACCAGCUCAAAUACAAAGUCCUCCUACGAUAUUUGGAACCACAAGAAGACCCUCUCAACAACUAUAUCAAACAACUCCGUUUUUAUUUGCCCCCUUGGGAACAACAGCUCCACCAAUCACAGCCACUAAUUCCAACAUGCCUCCAGUUAUUUAUCCACCCUCUGACUCCAAUAAUACUCCGCCACCAAACAAAAUGCCUCCCGUUAUUUAUCCCACUGCAGCGAGUACUACCAGCAAAGCUACCACAAUCGAUAUGGGUGUGGUAGUAUUUCAACCCACUCCACAAUCACCAUCUGGUGGUCCAGUUAUACAACCUAUGCCGAAUCAAGAUUCAACACAGAAUACUCUAAUAUCAGAGCCAAAUCAGUAUCCACCUGUAAUGCCCCCACCAGCUCCUACUUGUGGAGUGAAUAGGGGCACUAUUAACCGCGUUGUGGGCGGUUAUGAGGCCAAGAAAGGAAAUUAUCCCUGGAUGGCGGCUUUGGGCUAUCGCGAUGAAUAUGAUCCUAGUUCGUUGAAAUUUUUAUGUGGCGGCAGUUUAAUUUCCUCGAAAUAUGUCAUAACUUCGGCUCACUGCAUUAACAAUAAUUUAAUGUUAGUACGUUUGGGUGCCCAUGAUCUUUCAAAUCCGGAAGAAUUAGAAGCUAGAAAUUAUCGGUUUAAACGUACUGUAAUACAUGAAAAGUUUGAUUUGAAAAGUAUAACUAAUGAUUUGGCCUUAAUUGAAUUGAGUGAGACAGUUAUAAUGACCGACUACAUUGGCACGAUUUGUCUGCCAGAAGGUCCACAAUUUCUAAACCAAGAAUUUGUAGGCAUGAAUCCUUUUGUAGCCGGUUGGGGUGCUAUGAAACAUCAAUCUCCCACCUCUAAUGUUUUAAGAGAUGUUCAAGUUCCCAUUAUUGACCGACAAGUGUGUGAACAAAGUUAUCGCACGGUUUUUAGUUUUGUGAAAUUUAGUGAACAGCUAAUUUGCGCCGGUAAUUCCAAUGUGGACGCUUGUCAAGGAGACUCAGGUGGUCCUCUGAUUUUGCCUCAGAUGUCGGGUUCUUCAUAUCAUUAUUAUUUACUUGGUGUUGUUUCAUUUGGUUACGAAUGUGCCCGUACCGGUUUUCCCGGAGUUUAUACACGAGUUGCUGCUUAUAUACCUUGGAUUAAGAGUAAUAUGAUUUGA